GCCAGCGGCGUCCGCCUGAGCAGCGCGGGCAGCGGCGGGCGGCGGCCGGGUCGGGCCGCGGCUCUUCCUCGCCAUGGGGGACGUGCUGUCCACGCACCUGGACGACGCCCGGCGCCAGCACAUCGCAGAGAGAACCGGGAAGAUCCUGAGGGAGUUCCUCCAUUUUUACCAGGACCAGUAUGGCGUGGCGCUCUUCAGCAGCAUGCGCUACGAGAUCGAGGGCACGGGGCUGCCGCAGGCCCAGCUGCUCUGGCGCAAGGUGCCUCUGGAUGAGCGCAUCAUCUUCUCGGGGAACCUCUUCCAGUACCAGGAGGACAACAGGAAGUGGAGGAACCGCUUCAGCCUCGUUCCCCACAACUAUGGACUGGUGCUCUAUGACAACAAAGUGGCUUAUGAGCGGCAGGUCCCACCCCGAGCCAUCAUCAACAGUGCAGGCUACAAAAUCCUCACCUCCGUGGACCAGUACCUGGAGCUCGUUGGCAACUCCUUACCAGGGACCACAUCAAAAUCAGGAACCGCCCCCAUCCUUAAGUGCCCCACGCAGUUCCCGCUCAUCCUCUGGCACCCUCAUGCACGUCACUACUACUUCUGCAUGAUGACGGAAACCGAGCAGGACAAGUGGCAGGCUGUUCUGCAGGACUGCAUCCGGCACUGCAACAAUGGGAUCCCCGAGGACUCCAAGGUGGAGGGCCCUGCAUUCACGGACGCCAUCCGCAUGUACCGCCAGUCGAAGGAGCUCUACGGCACCUGGGAGAUGCUGUGCGGGAAUGAGGUGCAGAUCCUGACCAACCUGGUGAUGGAGGAGCUGGGCCCUGAGCUGAAGGCAGAGCUUGCCCCACGGCUGAAGGGAAAACCUCAGGAGCGGCAGCGGCAGUGGAUCCAGAUCUCAGACACCGUGUACCGCAUGGUGUAUGAGCAGGCCAAGGUGAGCUUCGAAGCCGUGCUGUCCAAGUUGCAGCUGGCCCGGCCGGCCAUGGAGGCAGUCAUCCGCACCGACAUGGACCAGAUCAUCACCUCCAAGGAGCACCUGGCCAGCAAGAUCCGAGCGUUCAUCCUCCCCAAGGCUGAGGUGUGUGUCCGGAACCACGUCCAGCCCUACAUCCCGUCCAUCCUGGAGGCCUUGAUGGUGCCUACUAGCCAGGGCUUCACCGAAGUGCGAGACAUCUUCUUCAAAGAGGUCACCGACAUGAACCUGAAUGUUAUCAAUGAGGGUGGCAUUGACAAGCUGGGCGAGUACAUGGAGAAGCUGUCCCAGCUGGCGUUCCACCCCCUGAAGAUGCAGAGCUGCUAUGAGAAGAUGGAGCCCCUGCGGCUGGACGGGCUGCAGCAGCGCUUCGACGUGUCCAGCACAUCCGUGUUCAAGCAGCGAGCCCAGAUCCACAUGCGUGAGCAAAUGGACAAUGCCGUGUACACCUUCGAGACCCUCCUGCACCAGGAGCUGGGGAAGGGGCCCACCAAGGAGGAGCUGUGCAAGUCAAUCCAGCGGAUCCUGGAGCGGGUGCUGAAGAAAUAUGACUAUGACAGCAGCUCUGUGCGGAAGAGGUUUUUCCGGGAGGCGCUGCUGCAGAUCACCAUCCCGUUCCUGCUAAAGAAGCUGGCCCCCACCUGCAAGUCGGAGCUGCCCCGGUUCCAGGAACUGAUCUUCGAGGACUUCGCCAGGUUCAUCCUGGUGGAGAACACGUAUGAGGAGGUGGUGCUGCAGACCGUCAUGAAAGACAUCCUGCAGGCCGUGAAGGAGGCCGCAGUGCAGAGGAAACACAACCUGUACCGGGACAGCAUGGUCAUGCACAACAGCGACCCCAACCUGCAUCUGUUGGCUGAGGGCGUACCCAUUGAUUGGGGCGAGGAGUAUGGUGACAGCGGUCGCAGCCCCAGCCCUGGUGCCCCAGAAGCAGCCACCCUCUCGGAAAAGCGGCGGCGCGCCAAGCAGGUGGUCUCCGUGGUCCAGGACGAGGACGCAGGGCUGCCCUUCGAGGCUGGCCCUGAGCCACCGUCACCAGCGUCCCCGGACAGUGUCACUGAGCUCUGUGGUCUGCUAGCCCAGGAUCUGCGGGCUGAGAGCCCUCCGCCAGCUGGCCUCCUGCUCAAUGGGGCCCCCGCCCAGGAGAGUCCCCAGCCGGUGGCAGCCCCCGAGGCCUCGCUGCCUUCCUCACCCCUCCGGCAUCUCCCACCUGGAAAGGCUGUGGACCUGGAGCCCCCCAAGCCCAGUGACCAGGAGACUGGGGAGCAGGUGUCCAGCCUCAGCGGUCGCCCCCCCAUCCACACCACCACCGAGGACAGCGCAGGGGUGCAGACGGAGUUCUAGGGCGGUCGGCUGUGCUUCUGUUGGACACGGCACACGGCAGCUCCCCCUGAGGCACUGAUGGGCUCGGAGGAGGGAGACCCCGUCUGUGCCUCGGGGGUGGAGGUGGGCAGGGGCUGGCGUGUGCCUCCAGGGACUGGGCAGGGACGGGUCCACCUGUCACUUUACUGUCACUUUGCUCCCUGUUUUCUCUUCUGCGGGAUGAUCUCGGACGCAGGGUCUGGUUUCGGGGUUUCCUCCUUGUGCUGGGGGCUGGACAAGGCUGAAGGGGGCAAGGGGACCCCCCCUCCCGCCCUUCUUCUGUGGUCUCUUUCCCUCAUGGGUCUUGCUGAGAGGGAGGUGAAAGCGUCUCGCGCUGUGACGUGAGGCCCGUGGACCCCUCCUGUCUCGCCUGGGGACCAGGAAGAUGGAGGCAGAUGGGCGCCGAGGGCCCUCCCUGUCCCGCUUCCUCCGUGCUCCCCCCAGCUGGGCCCCAAAGGCCAGUUUUGGCACGGACGCUGCCCCGCU